AUGUACAAAGGAGAAACGGGGAAUUUAAGGUGGCCAUUCCAACAACCUCUUCCAAUGCGGAUCAGAAAGAUAAACAUUUUACCAAGAGAUCCAGUUCUAUUGCAUAAAUUUAGAUUGAGGGAGAAUAGUGGAGGUGUUGGUUAUCAUAAAGGUGGUGGAGGACUCAUUCGAGAGAUACAAUUCAAAUGCCCUGUAGUUGUUAUCCUUUCAGAGGCGUGUACAUACCCCGAGGGGAUUGAAGAGAGGAAAAGAUGGCGCUCGAGAUCUGAUAAAUUUGAAGUAGCCUGCCUUCAAUUUUCAACAUAUCAUUAA